GAUAUCUGUAUCGUAUCCAAAGCCGAAAGGGAGGAGAGGACAGAGGAGGGCUCAUGGAGGCUUUCGCAGUUGCAAGAUCUUCGUCGUUGUCUUCUUUGCCCGUCGUCGUUCUCGCCUACAAGACCACGCCGCCUCCUCGCAAGAACAACGCCUCGCCGCCCCGCAAGCAGAAGCCACCCACCAUCGCCGAGGUCCAGAGGGCCAUUGGCGUCGCCGACGAGCCCUUCCUCCGCUCACCUGGCGGAUCCGAAUCUUCUUCUUCCUCUUCUCCUCCUUUUCUCGGGUUCUUCAUGCAGGAGAGCGCCGCGGAGAGGAAGCUCCGGGAGGCCGCCGAAUGGAUGGUCGAACGCACCGAGGCCCAGGCGCAGUCUGGGCAAAAGAUGUUGUUGCUUUUAUGUCUGAACAUCCUACCUGUGUGGCUUUUACUACUCUUGGUGGCUUCUGGAGUUUUAAAGUUGCCGUUUGAUCUUCCAAUUUGGAAAGACAUCAUCUCCUGAUAUCCAAAUUAAUAUUUGGUCCUUAGAGGUCCUGCUAUAUGCAUACAAGUGUGCCGUUUAGGCUUUAAGCCUUCAUAUGUCUAGCUAACCUGUAUAUUCACUGCUAAGGAUCAUAUUUAUCUCAUGUUGUUUCAUUUGAAUA